AUGCAGAAGAGGCCACCCAAGUUCGCCCAGCUUCUGUUGCUGAGCCAGAUGCUUCCACGGAAACUGGCUCUGACGCUGCCCCACCCGCUGCCACUGCCCCUGCCUCGUUGCUUUACUCUCCCGGUGGUUACUCACUCGACUCUUCCUCUGCCUUCGACUCCCCCCCUCCCAAUCCCUUCGAGCCUCCCCCCUCCCACUCCCUUCGCUGACACCCUCCCUCCCACUGCGGCUCCCGCUCCCGCUGCUACUGAGGACAUGUCCUCUUCCGAGUCGGAAUACUCGGAGGAAUUGUCAGAUGACGAUGAGGUGAAGUUUCUUGCCAGAGGCUUGAAUGCCAGUGUCAACGUCUUGGACACCUCUGAUUCCAGCGAGGAGUACAUGGAGGCUGGUGGAUUUUCCCAGGAGCAGUACUUUACUCCCAAGAAGCUCAACCCCAAGAAGAAACAGGCCAAGGAAUCGAAGAGGGAGGCUGCCCGCAAGCCAACCCCUGGUCCUAGCCGCAAGCAGCCUGCCCGCAAUGGCAAGAAGUAA